AUGAUGUUACCAAGCCCAGUCACUUCCACACCUUUCUCUGUGAAAGACAUCCUCAACCGGGAGCCCCAGUGCCAGCAGCAGCAAUCCAGGGCUCUCCUAACCCCAGAUCUGGAUGUUGUGGACUUCCACCAGGCUUCAUGUAUGCUGGCAGCCGGAGACAGAGCUGCCUACACAGAGGGGGACGACAAACUCCCCUACCUGAACUCUAUAGGGGCUGCUGAGGGCCAUGGGGAGGUGGGCAUCACUCAUGACAGGUAUGUGCACACUGCCCUCCGAGACUCCUGUAACCCCAAGGAAGAAGAGGAGGACGAGGAUGAGGAAUCGCUGGUAGAUCCGAGCCACAAGGCCUGCUACUUGAACAAGUCGCCCCACCCGGAGGAGAAGUCGGACGAGUCGGAGAGACCCAAGCAGAGGAGUCGUCGGAAGCCCCGGGUCCUAUUCUCCCAGGCUCAGGUCUUUGAGUUGGAGAGAAGGUUUAAGCAGCAGAGGUACCUGUCUGCCCCUGAGAGGGAGCACCUGGCCAACAGCCUGAAGCUCACCUCCACCCAGGUGAAGAUCUGGUUCCAGAACAGGAGAUACAAAUGCAAGAGGCAGAGGCAGGACAAGUCCCUGGAGAUGGGCACCCACCAUCCACCCCCGCCUAGAAGGGUGGCAGUGCCAGUGCUGGUCCGGGAUGGGAAGCCCUGCAUUGCUGGCAGUCAGGGUUACAACAGUGCCUACAAUGUAGCUGCCAGUCCCUACACCUACAACAGCUACCCGGCCUACAGCUACAACAACAGCCCUUCCUACAACACCAACUACAGCUGCAGCUACUCCGGGAUCCCCCCCAUCCAGCACAACGCAGGGACUAACCCCUUUGUCAACAUGGGCAACCUGAGCCAGCUUGGCAAUGCCACACAAGCCCAGAACCACACAGGGUCUUCUGUGCCCGCCUGCCAGGGGACUUUACAAGGGAUCCGAGCUUGGUAG